CCCCAUCUCCAUCGCUCGCAUCUUCGCUCACGCGAACUCCAAAAUCUCUCUUUCUCGAUCUCGAGGAGGAAGAAGAAGAAGAAGAAGAAGAAGAAGAGGAGUAGAGAGAUGUCGAUGGCGGAGGAAGGGCGCCACGUGCUGGAGACGGCGAGGGCGGAUCGGUCUGUGUGGCUCAUGAAGUGCCCCCCGGUGGUCACACGAUCCUGGCAAUCGGCGGCAGCCGCCGCCGCCGCCUCAUCAGGUGCCGAUGGGGCCGCCGCCUCCGCCUCCGCCUCCGCCCACCACCCCGUCGUCGCCAAGGUCGUCCUCUCCCUCGACCCCCUCCACCCCGACGAUCCCUCCUCUCUCCAGUUUAAGAUGGAGAUGGCUCAAACUGACUCUGGCAAUACACCUAGGAGUUACUCUCUUAACAUGUUCAAAGACUUUGUUCCAAUGUCUGUUAUCUCAGAAUCUAAUCAAGGGAAAUUUUCACUGGAAGGAAAGGUGGAGCACAAGUUUGACAUGGAGCCUCAUAGUGAAAAUUUGCGGGAAUAUGGUAAAUUAUGCCGUGAAAGGACUAACAAAUCCAUGAUCAAAACGAGACAAGUUCAGGUUAUUGACAACGAUCGUGGAGUGCUUAUGAGGCCAAUGCCUGGUAUGGUUGGCCUGGUUCCAUCUGGUUCAAAGGACAAGAAGAAAUUAACACCAACAAAAGCAUCAGAUGUUAAGAGAACACGUAGGGACCGACGUGAACUGGAGAAUAUAAUAUUUAAGCUCUUUGAAAGGCAACCGAACUGGGCUUUGAAGCAGCUGGUGCAAGAAACUGAUCAACCUGAGCAAUUCUUAAAGGAGAUUUUGAAUGAUUUAUGCGUGUACAACAAGAGAGGGCCAAAUCAGGGGACCCAUGAGCUUAAGCCUGAAUACAAGAAGUCCACUGAGGAAGCAGAUACUGCUUGAGAACUUCAGUUGCUGCUUAUGAUUCUCAUGCGGAUGCAACUUCUCUCAGGGUAGGUCUCUUUUCCAUUCUACCAAGAACUCUUCAGAAGAAAAAGGAAAAAAAAAAAGAAAGAAAGAAGAAAACCCUAAUAUGUUCCAUAAACGUCAAUUCUAGUAUCGAGGUUUUGCAUUCCGAAGCAGAUGAAUGAGAAUUUGAACUUAGUUAUGAGCUUUCACCAUGAAAUGUAUUUAGCUGCCUCAGCAUCUGUCAAUCCUACUGCUUUUGUAGAGGAAUCGUGUACGUCUUUUUUGUCUUUUUUUUGGCUAAACAUAUCUUGCAUAGAAGUGUAAAUUAGUUUAUAAGAUCUAUGAUUGUUUCAAGUCGGCACGAGUUUUGUAAGCGAGUGAAUGAUGGUAUCUUUUAUUUUUAGUUUCUUUUUUUUGGGUGGUUUUUAUGAUCAUAAGAAUUGUAGGUUUUAAGGUCAA